UUUCCUCAUAACUCUGCAGCACAGACAAGACUGUAUCAGCCUGCUUUGGUCUCUGACAACAGUUUUGGGGGGUGUGAAACAUUUAUAUAUCCUACUUACCUGUAACUGUCAAUAUUACAUUAUAUUCCGCAUACUCACGCCUGGAAGAAUCUUGUACUACCAAUUCAGACACCCCUAAAGUGGACCGUACCAUUUCGUAACUCUGAUGUUACCUGAACAGCCCCUCUGCUUGCCUUACUCCAAACAGUGUGUAGCGUCUCUGGACCUGUGUGUGUUGCACAAGCAAAUUGAAACACUGUUGGAAAAUAUACUUCUCUAAGAAGAGAAAGACAACAGAUGAAGAAGACGCUAGUCAGAGCAAAGAUGCAGUGGAGUCUGUUUCUACUCGUUCUGAUGGGUCAUUGUCCUUUCUCCACAUGUCACUUCUAUGAGUACCACUUCAUUGAAGAGACUAAGAACUGGGAUGAAGCUAAGUCGUACUGUAGACAGAAGUAUACUGACCUGGCCACAGUGUAUAACAUGACAGACAUAAAGAGACUCCGUAACUUAGAGGCUCAAACUAAAGCCUGGAUUGGGUUGCACAACAACAACACAGGAGAAAGGGAGUGGCACUGGUCUCUACCUGGAGUGGAGUACAAUGAAACACACACACUAUGGGAUGAAGACGAGCCGAAUGAUGUCAAGGGUCAUGAGAACUGUGUUUCGAUGAACACUGCACUUAAAUUGUACGAUCUAGUUUGUGAUCAGGCAAAGUCAUUCAUCUGCUACGAUGAAAGCUCAAUUGUUAAAUACCAUUUGAUUUAUAAGGAUAAGAACUGGACACAGGCUCAGAGCUACUGCAGAGAAAAUCACACAGACCUGGUCAGUGGAGAACGCCAGUUACAAGAUGUUGAACUGAAGAAAGAAAUGAACAUGACCAAAGAAAAACAAUUGUGGAUCGGCUUGUUCAGAGACACCUGGACUUGGUCAGAUGGGAGCAUUUUCUCUUUCAGACACUGGGAUCAUGAGUCAUUUAGAGGUGGAAAAGGUCCAAACAAAUGUGUUCUUUUAAAGACAUCAGGAAAAUGGGGCACUGAUCAAUGUCAUGAAAGAAAACCCUUCUUCUGCUAUAAAGACAAAUUGAUCCUGAUCCAACAAAACAAGACCUGGGUGGAGGCCUUCGAUUACUGCAGAGAGAAACACCGAGACCUGGUCUCCAUCACUGACGUUCACCAGCAGAGAUGGGUCCAACAGAGAGCCAAGAACGCCUCAUCUCCUUUUGUCUGGCUGGGAAUGCGCUACACCUGCACUCUGGGUUUCUGGUUCUGGGUGAGUGACGAGACAGCUGACUAUUCGAACUGGGAGUCAGAAGAAAAGACAGAUGACUGUGACCUUUCUGGAGCCAUGGAGACAGGAGGACAAUAUAAGUGGAUCAAAAAAAUGGAUAGCGAGAAGUUUAAUUUCAUCUGUUCUGAUUUUCUGAAGCUGGUUGAUCUUGCACCAGCUGACAAAGUCCCUGAUGACUGUCCUGUAUUCAAGUUCAUUUCCCUCCGAAACACACCCAACAAUGGCUGUGUCGUCAGAGAACUUCUGGACGUGGCAGUGUGUGGUGUUGUGUGUGAAGUCCGAGGUGUACAGGGUGAAGAGAAAAGGGGAGAGCACCGUACCCUGGGGGGCACCUGUACUGCAGAGCACCACAUCAGACACACUGUGACGAAGCCUCACGUCCUGUGGUCUGUUGAUCACUGCAUCGUCCACACCAGCACUAGGCCGGUAAGCAAACUGCAGGGGGUCCAGCUGUGUGCUCACCAGUGGUCUCAGGUGACUCAGGAUGAUCCUCUCCAAAGUCUUCAUCAGGUGAGAGGUCAAGACAACAGGCCCGAAAUGGUUAGGCUCCUUGGGGCGCUGGGUUUUAGGUACCGGGACCACACAGGAGGUCUUCCAAAGGGCCGAUACUUUCUCCAGGCUCAGGCUCAGAUUAAACAAGUGCAUGAGCACACCACAGAGCUGAUCUGCACAUUGGAGAGUCAAAAGUUAAUAUUUCCCUUUUGUUUGUUUUUUGGUUGUAUUAUGCAAAUCACUUCUCUCAUAACUCAUAUGUGUGGAGCAUGUAAUAUUUUACAGAGCAGCUUCCGUCAGCACAUGAGAGAGACACACAUCAGAGUAAAGCACAGACAGAAGAAACCAUAUAUGUUGAAAAUCAUUGUAUUCGGUUUAUCUGACAGAGCGAAGAUGCAGUGGAGUCUGUUUCUGCUCAUUUUGAUGGGUCAGUGUUCCUUCUUCACAUGUCGUCACUAUGAGUACCACUUUAUUGGAGAGAAUAAGACCUGGAAAGAAGCUCAGUCAUUCUGUAGAGAGAAUUAUACUGACCUGGCCAAAGUGUAUGACAUGACAGACAUGAAGAGACUCCUUGACUCUGUAAAGAAUCAAACCGAAGCCUGGAUUGGGUUGUACAGUGAACCAGGAAAUAAAAGGAUGUGGCACUGGUCUCUACCUGGAGUGGAGUACAAUGAAAGUGAGGCAAAAUGGGAAAAUAGAGAUCUGAACGAUGAACACCGUAAGAACUGUGUGCGGAUGAAAAUCAGGGAUCAGAAAUGGAAGACAUCGAAGUGUCAUGAAGAAAAACAAUUUGUCUGCUACAAUGAAAGCUCCAGUGAUAAAUUCUGUUUUAAAAAGGAGAAAAAAAACUGGACAGAGGCUCAGAGAUUCUGCAGAGAACAUCACACAGACCUGGUCAGUGGAGAUCAGUUAGAAGAUGACAAACUAAAGCAAGAAAUAGCGGAUCGCGAUGAAUUUUGGAUCGGCUUGUUCAGAGACACCUGGACUUGCUCAGAUGGGAGCAAUUUCUCUUUCAGACACUGGGAUCAGGAGCCAUUUAGAGAUGGACAAGGUGAAAAGAACUGUACUUUUGUAAAGACAUCAGGAGAAUGGGACACUGAUCAAUGUAUGACUAAAAAACCCUUCUUCUGCUAUAAAGAAAAACUGAUCCUGAUCCAAGAGCACAAGACCUGGGACGAAGCCUUGGAUUACUGCAGAGAGCACCACCGUGACCUGGUCUCCAUCACUAACGUCUACCAGCAGAGAUGGGUCCAACAGAGAGCCAAGAACGCCUCAUCUCCUUUUGUCUGGCUGGGACUGCGCUACACCUGCGUUCUGGAUUUGUGGUUCUGGGUCAAUGAUCAUCUAGUCUGCUAUGACAACUGGGGCCCAGGGCAAGAGCCUGACGCCUGUUUCCAUUCUGCUGCCAUGGCGAGCGACGGACAGUGGGUCAAAAAGGCUGAUACUGAGAAGAACAUCAGCCUUUCUUCAUUAUGGCUGCAUGGUACCAGAUAACAGCGAUCAUGUUUUUUUGUUUGUAUCUUUUGGAGGUAGUUUUUGCUUUGCUUGGAAAUGUUACUGUCUAUAUUGUGGGAAUUGCAUGUUUUCACUGAGCACAAAUGAAAUACUUUAGGCUGAAUGUAUUGAUAUUCAACAGUUUAAUAAAUGUGAUAACAAUA